AUGCAGUUGUUACACGAACAAACCUCUAUUUUGACCGUUAAAGAUUUUGGCAAUAUGAAUACGUCCAUAAAAGACGCGUCUUCACAUAACAUGGAAGUAAAAGAAAAGCGUUCGUCAAAUGGAUCUAUCUUCGUUAUGAAUCCAGUAGCGAGUGGCGACAAUAUGCAAAUAGAUUUGAAUAGCGGACAAAAGUUAAAAGAAGAAAUGCCCAUAUUACCACAGCUUGUACCAUGUUGUGAAGGCAAGGAACUACAGAUUAGCGAAGACUUAGUUCAUAGUGGCUUAUCCGCAAUAUCAGUGAAACACGACAGCGUAAUACACUGCUUGAGUAUGUCUUGUGCGUGCGAAAGGAUGCAAGUGCCUCCAGGCCUUGUCAAGCACAGAAACUCGUUCCGAUCACUCCACCGACCCGACCUUAAGCGUGUUCCAUACCUCCGUCGGCUGACUCCAGAUGAACUCGAGUCAUUAUUUCGCGGAUAUGCAGAUAUUCCAGCGCGGGAAAAGAAAAGGGAAAACUCAAAAGAGACUUGUUUCGUUUUAUCUUCCCAUAAAAAUGAUCGAUCAACGAAGGUGAACGAUAAAACUGCGAUAAAUUUAGAGGAAGGUAAUAAUAAUCUACAUCCAAUACCAGAAACGCGGUCUGGCGUGGACGAUAUACCCGCUGGUAUGAGACUCCAUGGAGCUAAGGCGAGGCUUUAUACUUCCGUCCUGGCUGGACCCAAGGCUGGUGACCGAGUGGAUGAAGACAUAAACGAAGCAGCACCGAUUCUAGUUGACGCCAUUCCCGAAGACGAAAUUCCGCUUUACGAAGAACUGCAAAUUAUACUUCCGCCCCGCUGCGAUGACGUCACAGCUGGCUCUUCCACCAUCGCUUCAGAAAAUAGCUCUGUUUAA